UUGUUCUGAUGUCAACGGACUCAGAUUCUUCUUCCCUGUGGUUUUGCUACGUUUGCAGUGUUUUUUCCUUCAUGUUCUUCUCUUUCACCCUCUUGUUGUUGUUGAUCUUCGUUUUGAGAUUGAAGCCAUGGUGUAAAUGCGAAAUCUGCAAAGCUUUUCUCACUUCGAGUUGGACCAAAGAUUUCGAUAACCUCUGUGAUUGGUACACUCAUCUUCUUAAAAAAUCACCCACUGGAUCGAUCCAUAUCCAUGUCCUCGGCAACAUCGUCACCGCCGAUCCAGAAAACGUCGAACACAUUCUCAGAACCCGAUUCGAAAACUAUCCGAAAGGGAAACCUUUCUCGGCUCUUCUCGGUGAUCUGCUCGGCAAAGGUAUUUUCAACGUCGACGGCGAUUCGUGGAAGUUUCAAAGGAAAACAGCUAGCCUCGAGCUCGGCAGUGUAUCGAUUCGAAUGCAUGCGUUCGACAUCGUCGAAUCGGAGAUUCGGACCAGACUCAUCCCGCUUUUAUCAUCUUUCUCUGGUGAACAACGAGUCUUGGAUUUACAAGACGUGUUUAGAAGAUUUUCAUUCGAUAAUAUCUGCAAGUUUUGCUUGGGUUUCGAUCCCGGUUGCCUCGAGUUGUCGUUGCCGGUGUCGGAAUUCGCCGAGGCUUUCGAUACGGCGUCGAAACUGUCGGCACAAAGAGGGUUGGCGCCCUCGUCUUUGAUAUGGAAAGCCAAAAGGGUGUUGAAUUUGGGGUCUGAAAAGGAGCUUAAACAAGCUAUAAAAAUGGUGGAUGAAUUCGCUCAAUGUAUGAUCAAACAACGCCACGGAAUGGGAUUUUCGGACAAACAUGAUCUUCUCUCGAGAUUCAUGGGAACAAUCGAUGAUGACAAGUAUCUCAGGGACAUUGUCGUGAGUUUCCUAUUGGCUGGUCGUGACACGGUCGCAUCGGGGUUGACAAGUUUCUUCUGGUUGUUAUCUCGACACCCGAAAGUCGAGUCGACCAUUCGAGACGAGCUCGAAAGGGUCUUGUCGACGUCGUCGUCAUCGACCGACGAUGACCGACAAUCGGUAACUUUCGAUCAAAUGAGACAAAUGCAUUACUUACACGCCGCGUUAUGCGAAAGCUUGCGGCUGUUUCCUCCAGUCCAACUCGAUUCCAAGUUCGCUCAAAACGACGACGUUUUACCGGAUUAUACCUUUGUAAGGAAAGGCACUAGGGUGACCUACCAUCCAUACGCAAUGGGUCGGAUGGAAAGGGUUUGGGGCUCCGAUUGCCUUGAAUUCAUCCCAGAAAGGUGGCAAAACGGUAGAUAUAUCCCUGAAAGCCCAUACAAAUACCCGGUUUUCCAAGCCGGGUUGAGGGUUUGUUUAGGGAAGGAAAUGGCACUGGUAGAGAUGAAAUGUGUGGUUCUAGCCAUAAUCAGCCGGUUCAACAUCCGGGUCGCCAGCCCAUAUCGAGCGCCGAGGUUUGUCCCGGGUCUCACCGCCACCGUGAGAGGCGGCUUACCAGUUCUAGUCCAAGAAAGGGGAGCUUAAUUGUAUACAUGUACAGUUUAUUUGCAAAGGUGUAG